UAGAGGUUGAAACUUAUCCAGCUUUCAAAAGGUUGGGAAUCUUGUGCAAAAGGACACAAUUUGUUUAUUAGAUUUUUGCUAGGUGAUAUAUCAUUGUUCAGAAGUUUGAACACAUGCACUUUCUCUCUUCUAGAUAAAUGGAGGAAUCUGAGAAAAGAAAGGGAAGGCUGAAAGCAAUGCGCAUGGAAGCUGAAGUGUCUAAUGACGUUGAGGCUUCUGCAAUGCCUGGUUUCCUUUCGAAUCCAUUGACCGAGACACCGUUUACUGUGCAGGAUGACUUUGGUAGAACUCCGCGUUUUGACUAUUAUACCGACCCUAUGGCAGCUUUCUGUUGCUGGGCAACUUCAGAAGUUCUGCAUAUGUCCAGAAGAGGCGGGAGUCGUGGAUACAGCAGGAACAACAUUCCUGGUUUAGGAAGGAGUGCCGGACGAGGACAAGAUCCUUGGUGGCAUUUAAAACCCAUUCCAUGGAGAAGACAAGAAGCUGGAAUGGAUGGUUUGAGUAAUCCAGACACUUCAAUUUCCUGGCUUCCAAAAUCCAUUGCCAUGAAAAAGGCAAAAGUUUCAGAGGCUUCUUAUAACAAGUUUAGUUCUCAACAAAGUCUUGCUAAAUACCUAGCUGCUUCAUUCAAAAAAGCUGUUGAGGACACCCAAAAUGCUUGAAAGUUGCUCAAAUCUCCAAGAACAACCAUAAUUGGCUUGAAAUGAAUGGUGAUGUAGAAGAGAUCUACUAUGACCAUUUAGCUGAUACUUGGACAUGUCAUUUCCAAC